UGCAAUAGGAGGAGGUGCUGCGCUCUGCUCCCCCGUCCCGGAGCUUUGGUUCCUCCCACCCAGGAGUCUGUGGGGGACGUUGGGUGAGCCCAUUCCUGGGACGCAGGGGGGUGGAACUGAGCUUGAUCCCUUAGGCGGUGGGUGGAGCCUGGGCCUGGGAGGGGAACUGGGUCCUGGAACACCCAGCCUCGAGGCGGGGGUCGGUGGGAGUUGGGUGCAGUGCACCUAUCUUCCCACCUCUUAGUGCGUCGGUUCCGUUCGGCCAGCUAUCCGUGAAGGUAGGUCUGUCUGCUGUCCACUAUGCCGCUGCCUGUUGCGCUGCAGACCCGCUUGGCCAAGAGAGGCAUCCUCAAACAUCUGGAGCCCGAGCCAGAGGAAGAGAUCAUUGCUGAGGACUAUGAUGAUGACCCUGUAGACUAUGAGGCCACCCGGUUGGAGGGCCUGCCACCGAGCUGGUACAAGGUGUUUGACCCUUCCUGCGGGCUCCCUUACUACUGGAAUGUGGACACAGACCUCGUGUCCUGGCUCUCCCCACAUGACCCCAACUCCGUCGUUACCAAAUCCGCCAAGAAGCUCAGGGCAAGUAAUGCGGAUGCUGAGGAGAAGGUGGAUCGGGGCCAUGAGAAGUCAGACCGGGGCCAUGAGAAGUCGGACCGGGGCCACGAGAAGUCGGACCGGGGCCAUGAGAAGUCGGACAGAGAACGGGAACGUGGUUAUGACAAAGUGGACAGAGAGAGAGAGCGGGACAGGGAUCGGGAUCGGGAUCGUGGGUAUGACAAAUCAGAGCGGGAAGAGAGCAAAGAACGGCGCCAUCAUCGCAGGGAGGAGCUGGCACCCUACCCCAAGAGCAAGAAGGCGGCAAGCCGGAAGGAUGAAGAGUUAGACCCCAUGGACCCCAGCUCGUACUCGGAUGCACCCCGGGGCACAUGGUCAACAGGACUCCCCAAGCGGAAUGAGGCCAAGACGGGUGCAGACACGACAGCGGCGGGGCCCCUCUUCCAGCAGCGCCCCUACCCAUCCCCGGGGGCUGUGCUCCGGGCCAAUGCCGAGGCCUCCCGAACCAAGCAACAGGACUGAACCUCCCCACAAUGCCACCCCACUGUCCCCCAGGGUUUUUAAUAAAAGCUUUUCGAUGGAUCGUG